AUGUCCCACGGGACCUACUACGAGUGCGAGCCCCGGGCUGGCCAGCAGCCACUUGAGUUCUCAGGGGCCCGAGUGGGGCCUGGGGAGCUGGGGGACAUGUGUGAGCAUGAGGCGUCCAUCGAUCUGUCUGCCUACAUCGAGUCUGGGGAGGAACAGCUCCUCUCUGACCUCUUUGCUGUGAAGCCGGCACCUGAGGCCCGAGGCCUUAAGGGCCCUGGAACCCCUGCCUUCCCCCACUACCUGCCGCCUGACCCGCGGCCCUUUGCCUACCCUCCACAUACCUUCGGCCCCGACAGGAAGGCCUUGGGGCCUGGCAUCUACAGCACCCCAGGGAGCUACGACCCCAGGGCUGUGGCUGUGAAGGAAGAGCCUCGGGGGCCCGAGGGCAGCCGGGGGGCCAGCCGCAGCGGCUACAACCCUCUGCAGUACCAAGUGGCGCACUGUGGGCAGACGGCCAUGCACCUGCCCCCGGCCCUGGCAGCACCCAGCCAGCCCUUGCGCGUCCUCAAGGCCCCUUUGGCGGCUGCCGCGCCCCCCUGCAGCCCCCUCCUCAAGGCACCCUCACCGGCCGGCGCCUCGCACAAGGGCAAGAAGGCCGUGAACAAAGACAGCCUGGAGUACCGGCUGCGGCGGGAACGGAACAACAUCGCGGUGCGCAAGAGCCGCGACAAGGCCAAGAGGCGCAUUCUGGAGACGCAGCAGAAGGUGCUAGAGUACAUGGCCGAGAACGAGCGUCUGCGCAGCCGCGUGGAGCAGCUGACCCAGGAGCUGGACACCCUUCGCAACCUCUUCCGCCAGAUCCCUGAGGCCGCCAACCUCAUCAAGGGUGUAGGGGGCUGCAGCUGA